GAGGUGUGAGAGAGGCUUCUGCGCUGGCCUUUCACUUGCUCAAGUCUCUCCGACCGGGCCCAUCUUAUCUUAUCUCAUCUCCGCGUUCUUGUCGCUGUUUUCGUCCAUCAUACGGACCGUACGACCUCCCCUCCUGUGACUACAAACCCUACUGGUCUUUUCCAGGAGAUAAAUAAGUGAUUAACGCGCAGAACGCACUGAAGCUUUACCAGGAUAGCACAUAUCUACGAUCCCUUCCACCUACUAUGGCAUACCAGUUCUUCGCAAAAGCGCAUCAGUCGAAAGCGCCGACUUCACCACUCUCCCCUCCACCCUCCUCGUCCUCCAACAACAGACACCCCAAAACUCCUAUACACCCUCCCUCGCUGGCAUAUACUCAUUCUACAGCUUCCGUCAACAUCGCAGACAGCGCUAAACCACCAACGGGCAAAGACUCCUCCCUCCAGCCCCCCGCAUACCCCCAUCCCAUCGCACCCGGGUACAAGACCCCGCACCCUCAUGUCACCAUAGAACCCGUUAGCACUGCUCACAUACCCUCUUUAACCCGGAUCACGGGCUUGCUGCUCCCAAUCCGCUACCCAAACUCCUUCUACACGGCGACCAUCACAGACCCCGUGAUCGCGUCAGUGUCCCGCGUGGCCAUCUACCACGAUCACCCGGUAGCCACGGCGCCACCAUCCACAUCCUACGCGCCCACGCCCACCUCUCCACUAGGCGCAACCACGGGUUCAGACAAGGUGAUUGGGGGAAUCCGGUGUCGACUGGAACGGCUCCCCCCGACCACCGCAGAGCUUCUCCAAGCCCAGAAAUCUCAUGCACACGGGCCGACAAAUCUCUACAUUCAGACUCUUCAUCUGCUUUCUCCAUAUCGAGGCUGCGGGAUUGCAGCUUCCCUGCUUAACUCGUUGCUCUUCUCUUCUGCUCCUUCUUGUUUGCCUGCUGGUGAGCGGUCUACUUACCGGGUUUCGGAACUAGUGAGACAUUACAACGUGCGCACUGUCACAGCGCAUGUGCAUGAGGCUAAUGAUGAGGGUCUGAAAUGGUAUAUUGCGCGCGGAUUCCAGGUGGAGGAUGAGCUUGUGGAGAAUUACUAUCGGCGGUUGAGGCCUUCCGGGGCAAGGAUUGUCAAGCUCGUUUUGCAAUGGAACGACGAUGCUAGGGAUCGCUCUGCCAAGGUCGAUGUCCAGUCUGAGUCGAGCCAGUCAGCAGAAGAUGGAAAGAAGAGCUCGGAGGAGGAUGAGGACUGGGAGAAGGUCGAAGCGGAGGACGGGGAAGACCAUGAAGAUCACGGUGUACAGACUUUUGCGGAUUCUAGACUUCUUGAGGUUGACGAUGGCGUGAAUAGGAAGCGGAAGGCCGAUUACGAACCUCAACGAGCGUGAGCUUACUCUGCCAUUUUAUUUUUGCGAUAUCUGAUGACCUUCGUUUGUUAUUAUCUCUGCUCAUCUGUUACGAUACCCUUCGAGUGUUGCGUCUUAGAUGUACAGCUCUCUUAUUCGAUUUCCUCUAUUUAUUUGCCUGCUUAGAAGUGUAUACAUUGCAUGUGUAUCGAUCUUGAAGUUGGUUUUCGAGAGACAUAAGAG